CAACCAAGAAAAUCCCCACCCGUGUGACUUUCUCUUCCUCCACGGCUGGGCCUCAUCCUUCUCCCUCCCUGCCGCCUUGGAGCUCCGGCGCCCCGCACUCCGUCUUGCCGGCCGGCGGCGGCUCUGGCAGGCGGCGCAAAGCCACCAGAUUCAUGGCCAAGUCCGGUGCCCGUAAGGACGCCGCGCAAGUCCGGCCAUCGGCCACCUCGCCGCCGCCGCAGCACUCCCCCGGCGCCACAGCAAGCUCGUUCGCCAGCCGCUCUCCACAGCUUCUCUUCUACCCCGGCGCCCCGACAAGAUCCUCGGCCAGCCCGUCGACACCGCCACACCUAUACCCGCCUCUCAUGGAAUCCUCCUCAGCCAACCCUACAUGGAGGCCGAUGUAUACCUCUGCACCUGAAGGCCUGCUAAGUUUUGGACAAUUACCGCCCAUGAAUCCUUACAAUUUUCAACCUCAGCCAAUGCACCAUCAUGAACAAGGAUACCAAAAUAUGGAGAAUUUGCACUUUGUUGGUGCUUCCCCACAUGAUCCCUUUUCAACACCACCGCCACCACCGCACUCUAAUGUUUCAUCUCAGUCUGCUCCCACCAAAGUUGAUUCAAAGAAAAAGAAAAGGAAGGUCAAGAGUGUAGAUGCCGACGAAUCGGGAGCAAGCUAG